UGGAAACUAAUUUAUUAUAUAUACACACAUAUACAUAUAUAAAUGCCAAAAGUUGUUUUGAUUUUCCAGGCGGUGAACGCUAAAUCCAUGGUGGAGUUUCUCUUCUCUGCGGCGGCGCCGACUUCCGGAGGUAAGUGAGUCAACUCGUUCGUGUUUCGGAGCGUUACAGUCCUGCGAUCGGAGUAUUGCGGCGGCGGCGGCGGGGGCGGGGGAGCUGUGUUGUCAUUGGAGAGAGGUAGGGAGCAGGGAGGAUGAACGCGGCUGGGAACGGCGGUGUGGAGAGAGAGUACAUAACGAAACAUCACAGGCACGCGCCGGCGGAGAAUCAAUGCAGUUCGUUUCUGAUCAAGCACAUCAGAGCACCUGUUAACCUCGUUUGGUCAUUGGUUAGGAGGUUUGAUCAGCCACAGAAAUACAAGCCCUUUAUCAGCAGGUGCAUUAGUCAGGGAAGUCUUGAGAUUGGUAGUCUUAGAGAAGUUGAUGUCAAGUCGGGCCUGCCUGCCACAACAAGCACAGAAAGGUUGGAGCUUCUCGAUGAUGAUGAGCAUAUACUCAGUGUGAGGAUUGUUGGUGGGGAUCACCGACUUCGGAACUAUUCCUCAGUCAUAUCUGUCCAUCCAGAGGUCAUUGACGGAAGACCUGGAACUGUGGUGAUAGAAUCAUUCGUGGUAGAUGUGCCAGAAGGAAACACUAUCGACGAAACCUGCUACUUUGUUGAAGCAUUAAUCAAAUGCAAUCUGAAAUCUCUUGCGGAUGUUUCAGAGCGGCUUGCUGUGCAGGGCAGGACAGAACCCAUAGAUCCUAUGUAAAGAGCCAGAGCCCAGAGGCUAAAUUCACCAAGGAUAAAGCUUCACUAAGGCUUUUCAAUCUCUUCUGGAGCUUUGGAGGUGGUACACCAUUCAUAGCUACUCUUCCAUAUUUUGCCACUUUUACCGCUUCUUUCUUUAGCUGUGUUGCUUAGCUUUCAAGUCUGAGGUCAUGUCCAACUUCCUUCCUGUUCCUAGGUGUUCAAAUACCACAUGAACACAGCAUUUCUAGUCAUUUUAGACACCCAAUUGAAUGACAAGUACAAACAUCAUCACAAUCUGUCUCUUUUUUUAAAAAAAUUAUGUAACUGAUUGUGUAUGACAGACAUGCUUCACAGACACCUACAUGAUUCAUGCUUGUUGAAUUAUCUGUGAAAAGCUUUCUUUCUUUUUCAUGUGGCACUUCUAGCUGGCUUUUUUAAACCUGCAACCGUGUUAUAAUACUAGAAUCCAUUAUUUUGGUUUUC